CUCAAAUUUCCCAGCCUCGACGAGGGAUAACGUAACAUAGUAAUGGAGCCUGAUUCAGGUUGCUAGGAGCAGCCUGGAACUGCAUCUACUAUCAUCUGCGGGCGCUGUGGUAUAGAGAAACCAGCGAGCGACUUCGUAAACAGGAGGAAGCCUUCGGGACCACUAACGCGCAACUGUCAAGGCUGUCGAGGGCAGCGAGAUACGCAGGUAGAGUCUUUAUCACCCUUUACUUAUUAUGGCAAAAUCUAACCUCCGUAAGCAUUAUCGUGCCCAAGGCGCUAUUCAGUCGCUGCGGAACGUUCUUUCAAUUCGUCCCUCACCGAGCAAACCAGCCUUAAAGCGAUCAGAUAAUAAUGCUAACCUAUCCCCACCCAGCAGACUAGUGUCUGGACCUCAGUCGCCUACAGAGCUGCGGAAGCGCACUGCCAGACAGCUGUUUCCCGCGCCGGUUUCUUUCCCGAGAGUAGACCUAGGUACGCCCGUUCUAGGCCAAUUCGAGAAGCAGUCUUCUCGUGAUCAGUCUCUACAGCUAGUGCUGGGUACGCCUAUAAUAAGCCAAGUGCGGCUAGAGCUGGGUACGCCUCUUCCAAACCUGGGGCAGUCCUUACCGCCUGAUCAGGCACCAGCGCUACCACAGGGUCCUUUUUCUACGGGUAGGCCUGAGAGACCCAAAAAAAGAAAGAAGCUACCAGAAACCCCUACGAAGGCCCAGGCAAGAGCCCAGCAAACCGUCGUCCGCCGAGAGCACCGAGCCCGACGACGUGCCGGUGAAGACGUGUCCCAGACUCCUACUACAUCCCAGCUCCAGGAAAUACUCCAACCCGCUGGCAUGUCGAGAUCGAAUACUUCUUGCCAAGUUCCUAUCCGGGACCAAAUAUUGGUUGAUGACGACCAGAUAAUAGUUAGCGACGACGAGGACCCGGCCAGUGAUAAUUAGGGAGACUUCUCUGACCCUGACCUCGACGUGGAGGACUAUUUCAAUCUCGUGUUAUCGCCAAUCCGUCCCCAAAGGAUACUCCGUCAACUUGGGAACGAGGAUAACAACGAAGACGCAGUGCCCUAUCGCGGCUGCCUUCCUCUCAGGGCCGUUGUGGUCCUCAACCCGGCACAUACGGCAGGCCAAGGAACUCACAGGGCCGACCGACUAGUCGCCGUAACAGGCGCCCAGGCAGCUCGCCGGAACGGUUGAGAUUGCGCGUUCCCUC